GUUCGUUUCACACCCGCGAACUCGUCGGUACUCUUCGGUUGUGAUUCUGAGAAUCGGACAGUUUCGUGGUGCGAAUGAUGUCUCGGAUUUCGAAGUCCGGUGUUGAAGACUACGUUCGAGUCCCCCUUCCAGGAGAUUUAGAUUCAAAUGUAGAAUCCGAAUCGGAGCUUGUUGGAUAUUCCGCGCCAUCUAUUUCGGACGGCUCGGCGGAAUCCAAGACAUCAUUAACCCUCUGGAAUUUCUCGUUUUAUCAGCAGUACUUCGAUGUGGACACUACUCAAGUUUUGCGCCGGCUGAUGGCCUCAAUUUUCCCUAACCCCCGCGUCAAUUUCGUCCAGUACAUCUUGAGGCCACGGCCUGACCUUUACGGACCUUUUUGGAUUGUCACUACUCUAAUACUUGCUUCUGCUAUUGGUGGAAAUGUUUCCAGCUAUUUCCAAUCCUUCGGUCGGCUAACCUCAUGGCAUUAUGAUUUCCAAAAGGUAACUCUUGCAUCAACGAUCAUUUACCUGUAUUGGUGGUUGGUGCCUCUGGGAAUCACUGGACUGACUUACAUUCGUUCCAAGAAAGCCAAUCCCGAUCUGCAAGCUGAUCAAGAUCUUUUGAUUGAUGCUUCUGAGUCACGUGACAAUGUUCAGCCAUCCGGACGCUAUGGAUCCUUUAAGUUGACGGAAUUGCUCUCCAUCUAUGGGUACUCUCUUUCGAUCUUCGUCCCUGUAUCUCUUUUAUGGACAUUCCCGAGCAGUAUCUUCAGAUGGCUGCUUUUGAUCAUCGCAGCUGCGGUUUCCUGCACGUUCCUUGCGCUCACAUUGCUUCCGGGGUUCCGGCGACAACAUCAGAAGCUAGCCGGCCCUCUCUUGAUCGGCAUUCUGAUUCUUCAAUGCGUAUUUUCACUCGGACUGAUGUUCACCUUCUUUCAUGGAGCUCCGACUGGACCACCAGGGACUGAACCAUUUCCGCCACAGCCAGCCAAUCUACCUCCUGAAAUUAAGCACGUAAAAAGAAGUGUGUCGGAUUCCAUGGAUCAACUGGCUGUGAUCUCAGCAGUCUCAAAAACUGUCCCUUCGUCUGGUUUGACUGGUGUCCUGCAUCCUUAAACGAUUGAAUUGAGGCCGUUGAGGCUUUUUCUGCAACUUGAACUGCUUGUGAUAUCGUUAUGUUUUAACUUUUUCAAGACAGUUCUCUCAGCGACAAUUAUGUUCUGGUCGCUGCCGGCUAGUCUUAUCACAUACUUCUUGAAUAAUUGCAUGCAUAUCCUCUGAGGUUGGUGUUCAGUUGUUCUCCGUUCUGUUCAUUUUGCUUAAACGCUUGGGUGUGCUUGGACUGCUAACCUGCAGUGGAUCCAGUUGUCACCAGCCGACUGUUCGUAAUAGGAAAACGACAAAUGAGUGAUAUCCUUCGGUUUGUUGUAGACCAUCCAGUGAAUGCGGUGUAUUAAUGAACGCAAAAAUAGUAAUUAUAGUAAAAUCACCAAAGUCC